UAACUUUCAAAAUGCCAAGAAGUGCUAGAAAUGUUAAAAGCAAAACACCAAGAGCCUCAAUAGGCGUUUCAGACUGGGAAUCAAAACUUUGCGAUCUCAAUUUGGACGAUGAAGUAUGGAAAAUGUCACUGUCCAUUCUUUCACCAUCACUAUUAGUGGAAAAUGAGAUCAUAUCAAUUUUAGCAGCAAGCAUCGUCAAUGGGCAGCGUCAAAGAUUCACGGUAAUAACAUAUGAAGAUGUAUUGAAUCAAAUUUUCACUCAAUGUAAAGCCAAAAGUCAGAAGGAUGCUCCAGAAUUUUUUGAGAUAUGCAAUGUGGCUAAAAAUGCCAUUGAAACCGUCGAUGCAUUAAAUCCACAGUUACUUUCAAAAGUUUUGAAGUUUAUGUUCAAUAGCAUAAAAACAAUGGACAUUAAGCAGCAGUCAUUAAGAAAGUCAAUUUCGAAGACUAACCAUAUGGAGGAUACUAAGAAGAAAGAAAACCCAAAAGAUAAAAAAUCUGGUGCCAAAGUCAUAAAAUCACAAGAGCCACCAGUAAACAAAGAGAAAAGUAAACUUUAUAAACGUGGGGAAGAAGCAUUAGAAGAGAAAUACCUAGGUGAUGAACCAGAUAAUGGAAUCAGUCGAUAUAUUCUUCUUGUUAAUUUUGAAAAAUGUGGACUUUUAGAAGAGUUAUGUCGUCUAAAAAUAGACAUCCAUAGUAUUAUACGUUUGCACGUAAAUGAUCAAAAACAACUUCAAAUAUUAAUCACCAAACAGAAGGCUGAAAAAAUGUGGGGUUCCAAAGGAUCUGAACAAGAUUUGGAACAGAUGAGAUCUGAAGAGGAGGCAUUAUUACUAGCAGAAGAACAAUUAAAACAGUACUGGCGUGCAACUAGUAUUCUGAUGCGAGAUCAUGUUUAUGAUCGUUUAGGAAAUAUUGCUACGUUAGAUUAUAAUGUCAAAACAGAAUUACUUCCUGAUGACCUUAAUGGGGCGGAAAACAGGGCAUCUUUUGGAGCCACGAUGUUCAAUGAAAUAUCUACUAUUCUGUAUGAUCUGAUAGACUUUAGACGCCAAUGGAAAAAUUAUUUAGAACAUAUAAAAGUCAUUCAUUUACCUAUAUGCCCUCCUUUAUUGAAUGAAAAUGAUUCCUUAAGUAGCAACCAACUGUUGAAAAUGUCUAAACCAGCAAUCGGUUUACAUCCAGAUAAUAUGGAUAAACCUGCAAUAAAAUCUGAAGAUUGUGGUGAUAUUGUAGCAGAAGACUUCGUUGAUAUGAGGUUUUAUAAUGAAAUACUCCAAGGUUUGCCAAUCGAAAGUACUAGCGUUGAGCUAAUACUUCAUGCCGUAUUAGAACAGGUUAUUGCUAAUGAAAAUGAGAUUUUACCACAGGCGGCAUUAAUUGAUGAGAAAGCAAAAAAUGAGGGAUAUGAUCCCCAUAUUUCUAGAAAUAUUGCAAAUGAAGUAGAUAAACUGUUCUUAACUGAAGAAGAGAGAGCUGAAUUAAGUGAAGAAAUGCCAUUACACAAAAAAUCAGGUAAAUCUUCUUUGAAUACAUCACCAUUUGUUAUACUUCAUCCAUAUGAUGAAAAUCGAUAUAAAACGUUGUUUACAGCACAUAAUAAUCAAAAUAAUGAAGAGUUAAUGAAUUCUGAAUUGAAUUUAUACAGUCAAUUAUUUCCAAGUAUAUUUAAUAAUACCUGUAAAGAAAAUACAAAAUUUGAAUGGACACCAGAAUUACAGCUUGAUAAAAGUAAUAAAGAGAAAAUUGGAAAUGAAAUAAUCGAAGAAAGUUUUAAGCGAAUGAAAGAAUUGAGAUUUCAUCAAAUUAUGCAGUUUGCUGAAAAGUUUGGAUUUACACCAGAAGAGUUUAAGCAUUACUUUAGUAAACUUCAACUAGAAAGUUUACAGAUAUGGAAAGCUUAUUCAACAAGGAAACAGUUCCAACAAUCUUUAAAUAUGAUUCAACCACUAGAUUCCGCUUGGGAGACAUUACCGAAAAAUCACAUUAAUCCAACAAUGGAUCAAUUACUUGAUGAUAUUAACAAAGAUAAUAAUCAGCUUAAAAACACAACAAUACCAUUCGAUGAUCCAUACUUAUUAUAUGAAAGUUUAUCAGUUUUAUUUACUCAAAUUGAAUAUGAAAUAAAUAAAAUGCGGAAAUUUUCUCUUGAAAAUGAAAUAACCAGUGAGAAACAUCAACAUAAUUCAAUUUAUAAUUCUUUAUCAACUCAUUCAUCAUCAUCAUUAUUAUUUGCACAACAACGUAGCCGAUCAUUAUCAUCAGAAUCAUCUGUAAAUCGAAAGUCAUCAUUAUCAACCAGACAAAGUACACGAACAAGUCAAAAAGGUACUGGAUCCCAUACUACUCCAACUUCAAUAGAAUCUGCAUCCAGAUCUAAAUCAGUUAGUAGUAGACGAAGUUUAUCAGCAGUUCAUUUUGAUGUACCUAGUAAAAGCAUCACUCAUGAAAUUAAAGAUCAAAAAAGCAAAUUUAGUCGAUUAACUUUAUUUGCUCAAGAAUUACAAGAAAUAUUAAAACAACUUCAUAUAAACAAUCAGAUACUGGUUUCAUUUGAUGAAGAAAAAAAUAAAAAUAGCUCUGAACACCCGUUUGAAGCGUAUAAAGUAUCACUGGAGAAUUUCGGUACACUUCUAAAUAAAGCUAAAAAUAUCCAUCUAAAUGAGUGGUCAGUGGAGGAGAAAUUAGAACCGAAUGUAUUAUUACAGAGAUUACAUUCAUUAAAUUAUGAAAAACCUUAUUUGGAUGUUUAUAAACGUUUGUAUGAUGAUAGUUUGUUUAUUAUAUCACAUCAUCCAUUUGAUCGGACUAUUCGUUCAAAUCAUUACACGUGGUGUAGUUGGUUCCAUGUGAAUAAAAUAGCUUUUAGACCAUAUCUACAAUUGAUUGAAGGACAUAUUCGAAAUUGGACAAGAGAACAAGAGGCAAUUUAUGAAGCGGCUAAAUUAAGCGCUGAAAUAUUACAAACUGAUGAUAUUAAUGGUUCAUCAACUGAACAAUCUCCUACAAAACCAAUUAAGAAAAAUUCUCCUAAAUCUCAAAAAGGUGCAAAAUCUAAACGUAAUCGUUCAAUCAGUGGAUCAGAGUCAGAAGAAAGUAUAGUACAAAAUGAAAUAAAGUCAUUAUUAGGCGAUCCAAAUGAAUUUAUUUUACCUGGAUCAUUGAAAGCUGCACAGAGAGAUCAGGAACGGGCUAAAUUGAAAAAAGAUUUAGAAGAACGUCAAAAAGAAACUAAACGUGUCAAAUCAGCCAAAAAGCCUACAGAAAAAGAAAUUCCUCUUACAGAGAAGAGAAAAACUUCUGGUAAGCGCAAUAAAUCGCCGCAUCCCAAGUCACCUGUUCAGAAGAACGAUCAAGAUGAUGAGUUGAUCCAACCACAACAGCUCAGAACCAAGAGAACAAGUAAUGAAUUUUGGCCGUUUACCGGUUACGAUAUUUCCAACUUGCUACCACAUAUAACUGGGGAAGUUACUCAUAUGUUCCCAACUGAUGGAGGUACAAUUAAAACACAGAGAAAUGAAAUUCCAACAGGUCAAGCAAAUUUACGAGUAAGCCUUAUGAAAGAUGGCCAUGUGUUUACAAUUCAUAAAAUUGAUGGUCCACCGGAGCCGAAUAUUCCAUAUGAAAAUCCUAAUGAAAUUAAAUUAAAUGAUCAAGAAAAUGAGGAGGGAUGUGAUGGCUUAAAAAUGUUUUCAUCACCAGAAUUAUUCAGCUCGAUUACAGCUUGUUUUUCUGAUGGCAUCUGUUUGGCUGUGUCUAGAGUGAACAAAAUUGAUCCACAACCUAAUCCGAAUUAUCAAAUAGAAUCUAAUCAACUGAAUAAAUUUAACAAAAAUAGUGAUAGUGAUUAUAACAAUGACUGCCGAAUCAGGCCAAAUUCUGUCAGUUUGAAUGAUAACAGUGAAACUACACAAAAUAAACCAUUUCAACAUUUCAUACAUCUCUCCACACCUGACGGUGCACAAGUAGCUGUUUAUCAUUGUGUCAAUGAAGUUUCAAAUCGUGCCAUUGAUGAGUGUGCAGAAGAAAAUAUCCCUUCAAAAGAAGCAUUAAUUAAUCCAGAAAGUAAAUGUCAAACAAACGAUGGGCAAAAUAAUGCACUUUUAAACUCACAACAUAGUAUAUUAUUGAAGUUAUCGUCAGCCAGAACUUGUAUCAAUGAUAGUAUCAACAUCGAUGACCUGAAAAAAGGUCUGAUAAAGAAUACGAAGUUACACGAUUUAUCACAUCCGACGGUAUAG